UUCCUGUAUUUCACCAUUUCCGAGACGCGAAUCAUGCGAGAGUGAUGGUCAGUGAGUCGCGCGGGUCUCUGAAGGAUCAUGUUGAUUUUAAUCGCACGGUUAUUGUUGUUAUUUAUGACGGUGGUGUGGCUCAUGGCGGAAGGAAAGAUUCCUCCGCCAUUUAGACCUGAAAAAGAACAAUGUAAUAACACCACCUCUGAAUAUUACAUGAAACAACUGGGACUUUGCUGCAGUAGAUGCAAACCAGGGACUCGCUUGUCUGUGCAAUGCAGUACUGCUUCGGACACCAUUUGUGAACCCUGCCCAGAUGGAAUGUACUCAGAGAAUAUGAACCAUUAUCCCAAUUGUUUCAAGUGUCCAACAUGUAGAGAAGAGAAAGGACUGAUGUACGGCAGGAACUGCUCCGCUGAUACCAAAGCUGUCUGUGUUUGCAAGCCUGGAAUGUACUGUUCGAAGUAUGGUUUGUCAUCUGCAUGUGAGGAAUGUAAAAAAUACAAAACCUGCAAACCCGGCGAAGGCGCUCAAAGAAAAGGAACACCUACAGGUGUUGUGAAGUGUGCACCGUGUCCAACUGGGACGUUUUCAGACCGCAGUGGCUCUGAGCCAUGCAGACCACACACCGAAUGUGAAGGUAGUGCAGUUUUAAGGUCUGGCAACUCUACAGAUGACACAGUUUGUGUAGUGAAACCAUUAAAAGCAACGCCGGAAAUAUGGCCCAUGAAUACUAUCAGCACAUCGACUGUUUCUGUAUUGAGCAGCGACGUCAAACACAGCAGCACAGUGACGACAAACGCACAAGGGACCCGAAGCAACCCUCCGCCUGACUACAUGACCAUCAUCUACAUCACUGGUGCUGUUGUGCUGGUUUUGCUGAUUCUGGUUAUGACGGUGGUUACUUGCAAGUUACGAGAACGAAAAGCAGGUUUAACAAAAGUUCCCAUCACAGAUGUCAACACGGUGGAGCAGGAUCCCUCACAGAGCAGCACACCUGACCAUCAGCAUCUGUUACAUGUGGACAGAACCCAGACGGAGCCGUCCAUGAGCUCGUCAGACAGUCAGAGUCAGCCGGACUGCGGUCAGAGCCACAGCAGCAGUGAGUGGCUGGAGCGCAGCAGUCAGGACGAAUGUCCGUCCGUCUCCAGCCCUGUGCUCAAUCUCAGCAUCACGGCCACAUUCAACUGCCAGCUCAACCCGGCCGCGACGUCCUGCUCCAUCCCCAUCAACCCGUCCACUUUGACGCCACACGCCGAAGCCCUGGUGCCGCUUUCUCAAGAGGAGGUCUGUACAUCAUCCUGCCAACAAGAGGACGGCAAAGAAGUGCUGAAGUCGGUGCAGGAGAGUGGCCCGUUCCUAUACUGAACAUCACACGCUUCCAUUCACAUCAAUGCAUUUGCUUUAAACAUGUUGUAUUGUAUGGGCUGAAACACACCAAGCUGACACCAAACAACUAGCAUUGCAAGAGGAUGUGUUUUCUUCUCUGCAGAGGGCAGUGUGUGUUUUCUCAUUCCACAAUGGGAAACUGAACGUCUGACGUGCACAGUCGAAGAGUAAACAGAGCAGUGUUAUCACAGUAAUGGUCACUCAACACGAAGGGAUUCGCUCAUGCAAAUAUAUCUGACAAUCUAAUAAUUCGUAUCAUUUACAAAUAUUUGAGACAUAUACUGAAGUUACAGCCGGCCUCUUUGUGUUUCUUUUUGACUUGAAUUGUUUACUUGCUGUGUCACUUCAUUACUUCACACCCGCGCUCUGAUUUCCUUCAGCUGACGCCGAUUUGCCAUGCUGAAUUGAACCAACGAGCUCCGAUGUUAACCCGACGGGUCGGAACACACCAAGCUGAUGCCAAACAGCUAGCACAAAUGAAACAUAACUGUGUUGUUGCCUUUUGUUGGAUCGCAUCUGGACCAAAAACCUGCAUGUAAAUGCAUCAAACACACCAAAGUCUAGUAAAACCAGAGCCUCGUUCUGUGCCUAGAACGAGUAGUAGGCCAGUAGUAACGCCAGUAGGAGGCAGUGUCGGUUUUCUUGUUCUGCAAAGGGAAACUUAACUUUCAACGUGCUCAGCCAAAGUGUAAACAAAGCAGCGUUCAGUACCAUUAUUACAGAAGUUGUCACUCAACACAGAGGGAUUCACUCAUGCAAAUAUGUUUGAUAAUUCACAUCGUUUGCAAGAAAUGUGUGAAAUAUAGCGAAAUUACGGCCUCUUUGUGAUGUUUUUUUGGCUUGAAAUGUUUACUCGCUUCGUCACUUCCCUAUGUCACACUCAUGGUCUGAUUUAUUUUUUGAAUAACCCGUAAGAGUGGUCUCCUGCCCACAGUGAUUUGACUUGGCCAAAGAGCCUUCUAGGUUAACCCCAUGGGCGGGUACACACCAACCCAAUGCCAAACUGCUAGUGAAAAACCAAACCCAACUGUGUUGUCACAUCUGGACCAAAAAACAGCUCGUGACCACACCAAACGGAUGAUUGGACAUGCUGAAUUGGACCAACUGGGACACACCAAGCCAACGCCAAAAAACUAGCACCAACUAAAUCUGUGUGUUUGCCUCGCAUUAGAUUAUGUCUGGACCAAAAAGCUGUGUGUGAACACACCAAACAAAGGAUUGGACAUGCUGAAUUGUGCCAACCGGGACACGCCAAGCUGACGGCAAACAACUAGCACCAAUGAAACCGAACUGUUGUUGCCUCGUGUUGGAUUGCGUCUGGACCAAAAAACAGCUCGUGACCACACCAAACGGAUGAUUGGACAUGAUAAAUUGGCCCAACCAGGACACACCAAGCUAACGCCAAAAAACUAGCACCAACUAAAUCUGUGUUUUCGCCUCGCAUUAGAUUACAUCUGGACCAAAAAGCUGUUCGUGACCACACCAAACGAAUGAUUGGACUUGCUGAAUUGGGCCAACCGGGACAAACCAAGCCGACACCAAACAACUAGCGCCAAUGAAACCGAACUGUUGUCGCCUCGUGUUGGAUCACGUCUGGACCAAAAAACUGUUUGUGACCACACCAAACGGAUGAUUGGACAUGCUGAAUUGGGCCAACCGGGACACAGCAAGCUGAUGCCAAACAAGCAGCACCAAUGAAGCUCUGUUGUCUCCUCACGUUGGAUUGCGUCUGGACAAAAAAUCUGUGUGUGAACACACCAAACAAAAAGCAGACUCAAAGAAGAACCAUGUUCUGCACCUGUGCAAGAAUACGUGUCUUUCCGCUCCGCAGGGGGCAGCAGGGUCAGUUUUCUUGAACUUCUGCACACACAGACAGUGUAAACAAAGCAGUGUUAAGCUCCAUUAUCACUGUAAUUGCCGCUGGAUUCGCUUGUGCAAAUAUUUCUCAAACUUGAUAAUGUCUUUAUUUUCUUUUUUCACUUGAAUUCUUUACUUGCUACGUCACUUCUCUACGUCACAGUCGCGCUAAAUAACCAAUCAGAGUGCUCUCUUCUGCUAAUGCCCAUUCGACAUGAUGAAUUGCUCUAAUGUUAACCUGUUGUGAGGCGAUGUGUGGGUCACCAAACCAACUCCCCGGACUGACAAAGCUCAACAGCCGACAAAUGGCUUGGUGUGUCCUGUCAUUGUAAAAUAGUAUGCCAUGUAAAUAAGUGUUUUAUAACCAUUUCAUGUCUUAAUGAUACGGUUUACUUAAAACUGACCGUUUACUCACACUCAAAUAGUUCAAUGGAUGUCUUUUAUGCAUUCUUCAGUAUGUUUUCCCCUGUAUUCAACAUAAGACAUAAACUCAAGCAGGUUUGGAACAAGAGUAAAUGAUGAUGGAAGGUUAAUUUUGGGUGAACUGUCCCUUUAAGAGCAGAGUUGCUGAAAGAUUCAUUUGUUUAAAGGGGUUGGGAGAUUCCUAACUGCAAUUUAAUGUCAAACAUAAACAAGAAAGGACAUUUAAUUUAGACUUGGCUCUCAGUAUACUAUUUAAAGGCUAAUUAUCUGCUUUUAUAUUGAUUGGUGUCUGGUUAAACGUCUACACUUAGGAUUAAUGCAUUUACCAAAUAUCUGAAUGCAAAAUAAUGUUAAACUUUGAUGAACAAAAUUGCAUAUAUUGCAUUAUUAUUAUUAUAUAUACAUAAUAGAUAAGUAUUUUUUUAUCAUCAGUCAGUGUAUUGUGGUUAUGCUUUUAACAAACAAAUUGAUUAAAUGUAAACUAUCUGAAUGCAAUAUAAUAAUACACUGGGUUAAACUGGAUGUUUGUUUCUACUUUAGUACCAGUUAAUGUUUUGUGCACUAAUUGAUUUUUUUAAUACAGAAUUUCGUAUGCAUUUCAUGCUAAACAAGGAUAAAAAGGGCAUUUUUCUUGUUGCGAAAUAUAUAUAAGCUCAUGUUACUGUUUAAGAGCUAAUUGGUGUUUUAGUUCAUUUAGUUCAAGUCUUACUUCAUAAUGAUCAAUUGUGUACCCUCAGAUAAAGACAUUUGCUAAAUACUUCUAUGCAAAGUACUGUUAAACACAGGAACAUGUAUUGCACUUUUAUUUGCACUUUGAUUGAUUGAAGGUUUGUAUUGCUGUUUAAUCAAUAAGUAUUUUUUUCAGUUCA